ACUCGGUUGGCUUUAAGGUGGAAGCGGCCGGAGCGGGAGACGACGCGAUGCUCGGCCAGGACGGCGAGGACUUCCCGCGGUACAGCACCAUGCAGAGUCACUUCACCGCCCUGCUGCAGCCCGGGGUGAACAAGUUCUCCCUGCGGAUGUUCGGCAGCCAGAAGGGGGUGGAGAAGGAGCAGCAGCGGGUCAAAACAGCUGGCUAUUGGAUUAUCCACCCGUACAGCGAUUUUCGGUUUUAUUGGGAUUUGAUAAUGCUGAUGCUUAUGGUUGGAAAUCUCAUCAUUAUUCCUGUGGGAAUCACCUUCUUCACUGAGUCAACGUCAACCAUUUGGAUUGUUUUUAAUGUUGCAUCUGACACCUUCUUCCUUUUGGACCUGAUUGUCAAUUUUAGAACUGGAAUUGUUGUUGAAGAUAAUGCCGAAAUCAUACUGGACCCAAAUGUUAUCAAGUGGAAAUACUUAAAGAGCUGGUUUAUCAUUGACUUCAUUUCUUCUAUACCAGUGGAUUAUAUCUUCCUGAUUAUAGAAAAAGGAUUUGAUUCUGAUGUUUACAAGACUGCCAGAGCACUGAGAAUUGUGAGGUUUACAAAAAUCCUUAGUCUCUUGCGAUUAUUAAGACUUUCAAGACUUAUACGAUAUAUCCACCAGUGGGAGGAGAUUUUUCAUAUGACAUAUGAUUUUGCCAGUGCAGUGGUGAGAAUAUUUAAUCUCAUUGGAAUGAUGCUUCUGUUAUGCCAUUGGGACGGUUGUCUCCAGUUUCUAGUUCCAUUACUUCAGGACUUUCCCCCUGAUUGUUGGGUGUCCCUAAAUGGUAUGGUUAAUGAUUCAUGGGGGAUGCAAUAUUCAUAUGCACUGUUCAAAGCUAUGAGCCAUAUGCUUUGCAUAGGCUAUGGAGCUCGGGCACCAGUGUCUAUGUCUGAUCUCUGGAUAACCAUGUUGAGCAUGAUAGUGGGAGCCACGUGCUAUGCAAUGUUUGUUGGCCAUGCGACAGCUCUUAUCCAGUCAUUAGAUUCAUCAAGACGACAGUAUCAGGAAAAGUACAAGCAAGUGGAACAAUAUAUGUCUUUCCACAAGCUGCCUGCUGAAAUGCGACAGAAGAUACAUGACUAUUAUGAGCACCGCUACCAAGGCAAGAUCUUCGAUGAAGACAAUAUUCUAGAAGAAUUGAAUGAUCCACUUAGGGAGGAGAUUGUCAACUUCAAUUGUCGGAAGCUGGUUGCAACAAUGCCCCUGUUUGCAAAUGCUGACCCAAGUUUUGUGACUAGCAUGCUGAGCAAACUGCGAUUCGAGGUGUUUCAGCCUGGAAACUACAUUGUUCGAGAAGGGUCAAUUGGGAAGAAGAUGUAUUUCAUUCAACAUGGCGUGGCUACUGUUAUCACCAAAUCCAGCAAAGAAAUGAAGCUAUCAGAUGGUUCUUACUUUGGAGAAAUCUGCUUACUCACUAAAGGACGGCGUACUGCCAGUGUGAAAGCUGACACCUACUGUCGACUCUACUCCCUCUCUGUGGAUCAUUUCAAUGAAGUGCUGGAGCAAUACCCAAUGAUGCGAAGGGCAUUUGAAACUGUGGCAAUUGACAGACUGAACAGAAUUGGAAAGAAAAACUCACUCCUUCUACAUAAGGUCCAAAGAGAUCUGAAUACUGGUGUUUUUGAUAACCAAGAGACUGAACUUCUCAAAAAGAUGGUAAAACAAGACCGAGAGAUGGUGCAAUUGACGGAAACACCCCUUAAUACAUCAUUUGGGAUAUUUCCUCCAUUCUCUGUCAACUCAGUCAUCAGAGCUUCUUUCCAGUCUCAACCACCAAAUAUAGCUCAGUUAGAUUUUCAGCAGACUUCUUCACCAAAUUUGAAUACCAGUUCACCAUCUUCUCAGUCGUACAUUAGAGCGCCCCAGCUGGUUCACUCUGCCGCCAACCAGAGUUCACCCACACCCAGUCCACAGGCAGUGGUGCCAUCACCGAGUUCCUUUAAUGCUGUAGUUUCUAGUCCUUCCAUUCAGAGUCCAUUGGCAGGUCGAACUUUCCAAUAUGGUUCACCAAAUGUGUCACAGAUAUCCUUGAUGCAGCAACAGCAGGUACAGACCCCAACUCAACGGCGUGAUUCCAACAAAAGCACACAGGGUUUGCAACCAAUCAGCCUGAGCAGAGAAGCAAGACCCCUCUCAGCAUCGCAGCCCUCUCUGCCUCAUGAGGUGACACCAUUAAUUGUCAAACCACAUCCAUCUUCAGGAGAAUCACUAGCAGCUGUACCUGUCUCCAGUACACAGGGUACAGUACCUCAAGGUGGAGUCCGAAGCACUGUUCCUCAAAGAGUGGCCCUCUUCCGGCAUAUGUCCUCAGGAGCUCUACCACCACCUCGAGGGCCACAAGUAGCCUCACCAGCCCAAAAGAGGGAAACAUCUACAGUCUUAAAUACAGAUACUAAUCAAGGAAGACCACGAUUUCCCUCUAAUUUAUGACCCUAAAGGUUUUGUUCAGUGCCGACUUGUUUUCGUGAAUUACUGAGAUUCUUCACCAAUGUUAAUUACAAGGUAACCUCAUUGUUCAUGAGGAUAGUCUUAUCACCUUCUGACAGA